ACAGUGGCUGCUGCGUGCUCCGGAAUAGGGAGAGCAAACUCAAAAUUUCAAAGAUAAAAUCGCGAGAGGAUUGUAUAAUCUACUCUUUUCAUUUCGUGUGCUGCCGACUACGAAAUGCGGCGGAAACUGCUUCUCUUACUUUGUUUUAUUGGGCUCUUUAGCUUGAUCUCCACUGCUCCUGCACCGAAUAAUGUUGGUUUGGAAUCUGAAUUCACAGAGGGACAUGCUGAAACUAUAAAUUUGGAAGAAGUCGAAUUCAAUCAUCCAUCAAUCUUGCCGGAACACCCAGAUAAUUUUAGACAGGAUAAACUUGCAGCCAGAAAACGCCAAAGCCUUUAUGUAACAAAAACACGUCUCCCACCAAAUCUGUAUGCCAUUGACUAUAGUCUAUGGUUCCAACCAUACUUCCCAAGCCCUGGAGUUCAAUAUGCACCAGAGAAAAACUUCACAUUCGACGGAAGAGCAUCGAUACAAGUGGAAGCAUUGGUCGCAUCGGACAGAUUCAUUCUGAAUGCCUAUAACUUUAAAAUUCAAAGCUACAAAGUGGUUGAUAUCGAUGGAACUGUAGUGCCAAUCAACUCAAUUUCACAAGAUGACACUACGCAACAGUUAUCACUGAUUACAAAUGCAAAUGGUGUGGUCGCUGGUCAAAUUUACAACAUCGAAUUUGUCUACACCGGUAUUAUCAAUCCAUACACGGAUGGAGGGGUUUACUACACUUCAUAUAAUGAUCCACAAGGAAAUACACACUACAUGAUUGCUACACAUAUGGAACCGUUCUCCGCUAGAAAAGUCUUCCCAUCUCUUGACGAACCAUCUUACAAAGCGAAAUUCACAAUCACUGUGCAAUACCCAGCUUCCCAAGUUGCUCUUUCAAAUAUGAUGGAAACAGAACCUACAAAAAUUGAUAAUAUAUGGAGCACAAUUACAUUCCCACAAACACCAAAAAUGUCUUCAUAUCUCAUUGCAUUUGCAGUGGGGCCUUAUGUGAAUUCUCAAUAUGUCAAUAAGCAUAACACUUUGACAAGAGCAUGGGGAUGGCCUGGAACUGAACAAUAUCUUCAGUUCGCUGCUCAAAAUGCUGGAGAAUGCUUGUACCAAUUAGGAGAGUAUACUGGAAUUAAAUUCCCACUCUCAAAGGCUGACCAACUCGGAAUGCCUGAAUUCUUGGCAGGUGCUAUGGAGAACUGGGGAUUGAUAAUCUACAAAUACCAAUAUAUUGCGUAUAAUCCAACGACAAUGACGACGAGAAAUAUGGAAGCAGCUGCUAAAGUUAUGUGUCAUGAAUUGGCUCAUCAAUGGUUUGGAGAUCUUGUGACAACUGCGUGGUGGGAUGAUUUGUUCUUGAAUGAAGGAUUCGCUGAUUAUUUUAUGACUUUUAUACAAAAAUCUGUCUACCCACAGCAAGCAACUUAUUUGGACACUCUUCAAGUGCUUGACGAGCUUCAAGUUGGGCUCACCGCAGACGUCCGAUAUGAUGCUCAUCCAUUAGUUUAUCCGGAUGGACCUGCAUUCGAUGAUAUCACAUACAACAAGGGAGCUUCAAUGCUUCGAAUGCUUUCAGAUGUUCUAGGAGCUGAUGUUUUCAAACAAGGAAUUCGAGCAUAUUUACAAAAGAUGCAAUACUCAAAUGCAAAUGAUUUUGACUUGUUCUCCACCUUAACUGAUACCGCAAAAUCAAAUAAUAUAUUGGAUUGGUGUGGUCUUCCAUUGAAUGUGACAGAUUUCAUGCAACCAUACAUACAUCAAACCAAUCAUCCACUUAUUCGAUACAAUAACAAUCAGAAAAUCGGAGGAUCAACUUUCAGCCAAGAACCGUUCUUGGAUAUUUCCGAUUUGACUGCAACUCCAUGGAAUUACACUUGGUCAAUUCCAUUAACAUCUGCCAAUUUAAGACAUGCGGAUCCUUAUAAACAGUGGCUUCCAAGACAACAAGGAUGUGCAAAUAUGAAUGAAAAUAUUCAAGAGGAACGUAUCAAAGAGCCCAAUAAGAGAGCUGUUCAAUGGGAGCUCACUUCGAUCACUUCAGCCACUUAUGGAAGAAUCAUCUACGACGACAUCGGUUUUGAUCGAAUUCUGAAAUUAAUCAAGCAAGACGAUAUCAACGAUAAUUUGAAGUUGACUCUUCUUGCCGAUGAAUAUAAUUACAUGCUACGUGAAAAGAAAGCAAACCGCCCAUUCGGAUAUAAUCGUUUUUUGGACUUGGCAAAAGUUAUAUUCAACACCCAAUCGUUCACUAACUAUCCAUCCUAUGGAGUUUUUGCCCAAGCUCAACCAGUACUGGAACAAAUUGCUCAACUGUAUAGAGAUGGAAUCGAUGCCGAAUUUGUGCCGAGAUUGUACAAACUUUUCUUCCAAAAUUCAUACAACCAACUAAAAUGGCAAGAUACAUCAAUUUGGGAUACAGAUACAUUCUCGGAGGUUUUUCUUCCAUUUGCUGUUCGUUAUGAUAUUGGUGAUGUACAAAACCGCACUUUGAAUAUGUUCGCAAAUGUGAAAUCAGCGUGUAUCAACAGUCUGAAUGGAACUGCAUGGUGUAAUCCGUAUUCAACAAAUCUCCGCAAAGCGAUUUACUGUGGAGCUGCCAAAUAUGCUCCAGCAACUUCAGAUUAUUUCUUCCAAAUGCUUCACUCGUACAAUAAGGAAGUCAUCACCAAUCCUUACUUCUAUCAAGAAUACAUGGCAUUGUUAGAAGGCAUGAGUUGUACACAGAGCCCUGCUACUCUUAAAGUAUUGAUUCGUUUGUUCACAACAUCCACCCUGAAUCCUUCCACUAUUUUUGGAUUUUUGAAAUACAACCCCGCAGCUUCAGAUGUUUUGUACAACUAUUUCAUGGCAAAUCCUCAACUUGUCAACUCAACGAUGCUAGAUGCUUAUUUGGAUGCCAUGACUUAUAAUUGGAAUUCUUACUUUAGAGAAGGACAACUCUCGACUUUGAUGAAUACAUUGACUUUGACAAAUGAUCAAUUCGAUAUUUUUGACUUUUAUAUAAAUCGAGUAAGCUUAAUGUUUGAAUACAAGAGUACUUAUGCUCUGCCAACCUAUAACUGGCUGUACGAUAAUUUGGUUGUUAUUGGAAAAACACCAUGGGAAAAGACACCAAAUAUAGAUGCAGUGUUUCCAUAUUAUAAACUGGACCUUCAAGUAAACAUUCCGGGGUCCGGACCUUACCAAUGGUAUGAAAACAUGACAUUUUCGGCAACAUCAACUGUCACUUUCCAACUUGUCUCUCCAACGAGUUCUAUCACAAUUAACGCUCAUCGUUUGAUGUUCGAUCCAGUAAGCAUACGUCUCUACAACGAGAAUGAUGAAAACGCCCAUACGCCAAUUCCAAUUGAUUUUUCAAAAGUGAUGAAGGAUUACGAUAAAGGAACUGUAACAAUUCCAACAAUGAACAAUACUGUCUUAUAUCCAAAUCAGUACAGUUUGUUCAUUGAGUAUACAGGAUUUAUUUUCCAAAAUCCAGACGAAGGAGACGCAUCGAAUACCUAUUUGGGUGGAUUGAAUAAUAGAAAAGGAUGGAUAUUUACAACUGACUUUGAAGGAGGUCCAGGCGCCCGUUCACUUCUCCCAUGUUGGGAUGAACCAAGCUAUAAGGGACAAUUUGAAGUAAGCGUGUUCCAUCCAACCGACAUGAUUGCUUUGUCAAAUGAAGUUGAUAUUCAAAGAACAAUUUAUGACAACGGAUGGACCACUACCAAAUUUGCAACAACAAAUCAAAUGUCAACAUAUCUUCUUGCUCUCUGUGUUGGCCACUUCUCAAAUCUGGCGACCGUAACACGAACAGGUGUCUUAACAAGAGUUUGGACAUGGUCUGGAAUGGAACAAUAUGGAGAAUUUGCACUCAAUGUCACAGCAGGAACAAUUGAUUUUAUGGAAAACUAUUUCAGCUACGACUUCCCGUUAAAGAAACUCGAUGUCAUGGCACUUCCGGAGUACACGAUGAAUGCUGGUGCAAUGGAAAAUUGGGGACUUAUCAUUGGAGAGUACAGCCUGUUCAUGUUCGAUCCUGACUAUGCAACAACUCGAGAUAUAACAGAAGUAGCUGAAACAACAGCUCAUGAAGUUGUGCACCAAUGGUUUGGCGAUAUUGUAACCCUUGAUUGGUGGAAUGAUAUCUUCCUAAACGAAGGAUUCGCACAAUACUGGUUUGCCAAUGGAAUCGAUAACACAUUCCCAGAGCAACAUGCCUAUUCGAUCGACUAUAACCGUUUCUACAUGAACCAUAUUGCACUAAAAUACGACUGUAUUCCUGGAGUUGCUAAACCAGUCAUCAGUGAUACUCCACCAGUAUUUGGAAUUGAACCAUACUACAAAGGAAGUGCUCUUUUGAAUCUGCUCAACAAUGUUUUGACUCCAGCAGUUUUCCAAGAAGGAUUGUCUAGUUAUCUAACACAAUAUGGAUACGUUAAUGCUAGUCCGAGAAAUUUAUGGACUUCUUUGACUGUGGCUGCACAAAGACACAAUAUAACCGAUUGGAAUGGUCAACCUCUAGAUGUAUCUUCAUUUAUGGACCCCUAUACUCUUCAAACCUCAUAUCCAAUCAUUACCCUCACUCUUCGUGGAACAUCUACAGUUCAAGCUAACCAACAAUCAUGUAUGAGCGAUGAAACUCUCUGGAAUGUGCCCCUUUUUACUCAAACCCCCGGGGCACUAGACUUCAACUGGUUUGUGAAUUUCACCGGUGGAAACGAUGCAACUUGGCUUCGACCAUUGCCAACUGGUUACCGAGUUGAUAAUGCGGGUAGUACGAGUUUCGCUAGAAUAAACUACGAUGAUAAGUCCUGGUAUAGCAUUCAGGCUCAACUUCUCUCAAAUAUGAACACAAUGUCUUCUACGACAAGAGCAAUGCUGCUCGAUGAUGCUAACUUUUUCUAUCAGUCUGGCCGCUGGGAGAUGACAAAAUUCCUGGAUUUGACAUUGUAUCUUGUAAACGAGGAUUCACUUGCACCAUGGGAACAGGCUAUCGAGUUCUUCACUGAAAUGUUAAAUAGAUUCCAAUACCAACCAGAAAUUGAUACUGUAAGAAACUAUGUUAUUCAAAUUACGAAAAACGCAGUGUCCAAGUUCCAAUGGAACACGAAUGGCCUUUGGGCAAACGAUCGAAUUGUACAACUCCUAGUAAACGUCAAUAACUUGGCUGUUAAUCGACAAUCUAGGCAGGUUGCUCUAACUUUGUUCAACAACUUUGUAUUGAAAUGCAAGUACUCGCUUUCUGGAACUGGAAAGUGCUCAGGAAUUCAUCCAAAUCUUCGACAACCCACUUAUUGUUAUGGCCUUCGUCAAAGUAAUAAUAUCGAUGAUUUUACAACAGUGAACAACCUAUACUCGUGGUUUGUACAAAAUGCUGGCUACUUGCAAACAGAUGGAUCUAAUCUUUUGAAUGCUCUGGGAUGCGUACAAAAUCUUGAUUUGCAAAAGACAAUGCUUCGAUCAAUUCUGAGUGGAGAUUAUCCACCAUCACUUCUCAAUUCAAUUGCAGUUCAUGAUGAUUCAUCAGAUGUUCUUUACAAUUUCUUGCUGGAUAAUACUCAAGAUAUUCUCAAUGCUCCGUUUGACUUCUCUCUAUACGUCAAAGCCAUGUUCCAAAAUUGGUCAACUUCAAACCAACUAGAAUUGGCAAAGGAUUUCCAGAAUUCUUCCAAUUAUAAUCUUCUUAAUGCGGCUCAAAAGAACAUUUAUAAACAAGGAAUUUUAACAGUUAAUAGCAAUGCCAACUGGAUGUUGAUCUACAAAACUCCGUUCCUUGAGUGGAUUCAGAAGAAUUUUGGAGCACCUAAUUUGUAAAUGUUGAAUAUUUUCUAGUAUUAUUUAGCAAUUGAAAAUAAAUUUUAAAAAAUAAAUAAUUAAACGUGUA